UUCAUACUUUAUUAUAAGACUCAAAAUGAAUUAUUUUGUAUUGAUUUUUGUUGCAGCUCUAUUAAUGUUGGGUGUAAAUUGUAAAAAAGACGCAUAUCCAGUUGAUGGAAGUAAUUGCAGAUAUCCUUGUUGGAGAAACGCAUACUGCGACGAACUCUGCAAAAAGCGGUUUGCUGAAAGUGGAUAUUGUUACACAUGGAGUCUAUGGUGUUGGUGUAUCGGUCUUCCUGAUAAUACACGUACACAAGUGAAUGCUGGAUGUGCUCCUUCUGGGAAGUAAACAUAAUCAACUUUUGAAUAAUUAUAAUGAU